CUGGAGGAGACCAAAAGGGUAAAUAAGGUCAGGGAACGCGUGUAUGACUUGGAGUGGUUAACUGGUUAACUGUGCAUGUUUUUGUACAUCUUCCUGCCAUGAGUGCCAGCUUACUGAGAAUACAGCUAGAAUUACAUGAGAAACCUCAAUGUAAACCGAGGAGAAAACAAUGGAAACUUUUACAUACAAUCUUCUCUUUUGUGCUAACAGAGAACAGUUGUAAAGGAAGGCAUUGGAAAAAUGUGGUGGCAAAGAAGUGUUGGUUUGAAGAGGUAUCCUAACCCUCAGGAAAAUAUUCAUGUCGUGUUCAUGUUGUGUUUUCCAAAAGUAGGCUGUAGGACCAUGUGGGUUCGGCUGAGAACAUCGAGCGUCUUUAAAUCUUACCAACCUUGAUGUGGAUUUCCAUGUUAUGCUAUUUGAAGAAUGUCUUCCAUAAAUGGAAAUUGAGCCAGGGAUGAGAAUGUUGGUACGGUGACGGGAGCUUGCCAAGAAGAUCAAGGGGCAAGUUCCUGACGUGGGGACUCCUGAUGGCAGGAAGGAAGAAGGGUAAGCUAUGUAGGCAUAUAGAGCUAAUUGCUUUUUCAUUACUGAAUUUGAACUCUCAUCAUUAUUUAACCAUAUAGAAGUGUAAAUAUAUAUCUGUAUGUCUAGUUGCACUACUACCAUAACUACUGCUAAUACACAAAAAGUCUAGACAGUGCUUUUCCAUGUUAGACUGGAUAUUAGGAAGAUACUAGCAAUAAAUUCUUUACUGUGAGGAUGGUUACACACAGAUUGCCCAGCAAGGUCCUGGAUGCCCCCUCCCUGGUAGCAUUCAAAGCCAGGCUGGGUGGAGCUUUGAGCAACCUGGUCUAAGGGAGGCCUACAGCAGGGGGUCGAACUGGAUAAUCUUAAAGGUCUCUUCCAACCCAAACCAUUCUAUGAUUCUUGGAUGAUUCUGUGUUUGUGCCGUGCUGCUAUGCUGUUGUUUGUGCUUAGUGUAAGGUACAGGUGGUUCUAUUAGUUGUAGCAGAAGUGGAAGCAAAAGUGCGGCCGUUGCUGAAGGGUGUUGUAGAGUAGAAAGACCAGGGAAAGUGGCCUUUUGGGCAGCAGCUGGAAAACUUCUGGCAGGAAGCUUUGACAUCAAGGCAUGGCAGUGAUUGUUUUCUGAGACUGAAACUUCUGAAGUUUCCCUUUCACAAGAUGUGCAGCAAGUGGCAGCCUUCUCUCAGAGUCUGCACAAAAACAGAAUUAACUAAGAACAGAGGCAUCUCUUUCAAGUUAUGGUAGGCAGCUGGAAGCUUCCCUCCUGCCCUUGCUGCAAUUGAGCAGCAGAUCUCUUGUUGCAAACUUUGACUGGAAUUUUGUAUCUUGUGGUGGUUUUUGUUUGUUUGUUUGUUUUGUCAUUCUCCAGCCUCUGCCAUAGCCAUAGCUCGGCCCUUCCAUAUGCUUGGAUAAAAAGUCUGACUUCUGCCAUCUCCCAUUGACGUCAGUUAGUAUGGUCUUCUCUUGAGUCCACAUGAGAAAAUAUGAUAUUUCUUCUAAGUAGGUCUGACUUACUAUUUGUAUUCUGUGCUUACUGUGCCCCAGUAAGAAGGUGUUGUGCUGCAGGAGGAGGAGGCUUCUAGCGCUGUGGAAUGAGAUUUCUGAGCAGCAGCUGUGCCAGGGGCUCAUGGGGCAACCCCUGCUGUGUGAAUGCAAUUCUGCAGUGCCUCUGCAGAGUGUCACUGCUCAUAGAGUAUUUCCUCUCAGGAGAAGAAGACGCUGCAGUCAAGGCUACCACAGCUGAGGUGCCAGAGGUAGAUUUGUACCUCUUUAAAUGGAAGGAUCAGACCGCAAGAUCUUUGCUUUCCUUGCUGGACAUCAUUUGCAGGCACAGUGCGUUGAAGUUGAAUGUUAUUCAAAAUAGUUCAAAAUUUUAUUUCAAGUUUGAGUGGCAAGGCAACUACAAAAGGAAACUCUUCACUGACAUCUGCUAUCCACUCAGCAAUAUGGAUCUCUCUCCAUAUAGUUACACAUUUUUCUGCAAGAACUCAGGUACAGCUUGUGUGCUCUGAUGUUGAGCUUUGCCUUUCCUACUUCUAUGUGUAACACCCUGUCCCGUGUAACAGAUAAAGCCUGGGUUUGUUUGGACUUAGAGCUGCCUCUGCUCCAGGCACUUAAACAUCCAGCAGCUUGAAAAGCACACAAGCAUACAAAAACCCCAACAAAACAACCAGCACCUCCCCACCGCUCUCAAUUCAGUCUACAAAUGCAUCCGGUAAACUGAAGUUUCCUGAACAAAACCAUCAGCACCUGAACGCCUUUUUUCAUCAGGAAGUUGUACACCCUCCUGAAAAAAGGGUGCUUGGCUUCUUUUAAUUGUAGUCGGAACACAUGAGAGAAAUGGUCCCUCUUUCCUUGACUAAUCAUCUACCAGUACCGUUUAUAUAGUUGAUGUUGGAAUUGUAUUACUGACUACUGUCAGCCUAAAUUGAGCCUAUCGUGCAUCCAUUGAGAAAUGCACAACAACAGAACCCAUGUAAGUUUCAUCUCCAGCCAGAGAGAGUAGUCACAGCAUGUAACCAACCAGAGCAGUUAGUUAGCACCUCUCUACCCUUCUCUCUUGCCACAUCCCAAUUUUAAAAGCUCGUGUUCCUGGCAGCAGCCUCCUCAGCCUUUUCAGCACAAACUGAUCCUGUGUGGAUCCUGCCCAUAAAUAAGGAUCAAGUGGGCUCUUCUGUCACUCUCUGCUUAUAGUGACCUGUACUGGGGGCUAACAGCUGGGUUUCACAUUUAAUAUUGCAAAAUAGAUAAGCAUGAUAGUAAUCUAUGAAGUGUUUCUUCGCUCUGUUUUAAAGCAUUUCUUAGAAUUAAUGUUCCUCUCCGCAGCCCCAAAGGAGAAUCUUCUCUUGCCUCCUUAAGUGCAAACAAAAAAUGAUUGCCAAAUCUGUAAGGAGAGUUUUAACAGACUAUGCUGUUUGUUACAGAACCUCUCUGGCAUUCUGCAAGCACUCAGUCACCAACAGCUCACACAGCUUUGAUAAUCUGCAGAUCACCAAGAUCCAGAACUCAGUGCAGCCUGGCACAGCCGAUCGCCUGUUGCACACUGUCAGGCCUUUUCUGCACCCACAAAUAGCCGACAGCCACGAAAAGCCAACAGUGACUACAGAGAUGCCGUUAGAACUCAAGCAGUAUUAGCUACGUUUUGUUCCAUCAUUAAAUUAGCUUUCAUAUUACCUCACCAUCUGCUGCAGAGUUCCAGGAAAUAAUUCCUUGAGAGAAGUCUGGAAGCUUCCAAGUGUGCUGAGGAACACACAUCCACUCCCUCUGUCUAAGCUCUGAUGUUUGUUCUUCACGACAAACUUCACAGACCCCUCAAGGAGUGCAGCUGCUGAGCACGCACACGUGCUUACCUGAAGGUUCCAGCUUCUCUGUUGGUUCCGUGUGCAUGUACUCAGAAGUUCGGAUUGUAGGAUUUAAGAUUUUUGAAUGCCAGUCUAAUCAGAGAAGGAAAACCAACCCAAUCCGGACCAGGACAAUGCACAAGAUUCAGCUCAAGCAGUUUCUAAACUAACUAGUUGUACACAAAGCAGCAGUCUCUUCCUCUGAAGAGCCUUUAAACUGCGCGAAUGACUCAGAUUGUCAUUUUAUAGAACCCUGACCAUUACAAAACCAGCAGAGAAUGAAAACAAACCCAAGCAUAUGUUUAACAGGAUAUAUUUUUAAAUCAUUUCUUAAGGUUUUUUAAUGCAUGUAUACAUGAAAAUUUAUAUUAAAAAAAUUAAAAAGGAAAGUCUUGUUUGUUUAGAGUAACUCUGAAGUGCACAAAUAUUGACAAAAGCUAACAAAAAAUACAGCUCUGCUUUUUUUUCCUUUUAAAUAAGUAGUGUUGCAGUUACUUAAGA